AUGUUGGACGGCUUCUAUUUCUGUUUCAUGAGUCUCACGACCAUCGGAUUCGGAGAUAUGGUACCUGGAUCUGAUCCUUUUCCCCACUACGAAUCCAGUACAACCAUAUGGUUCUGCUCCAUUUACAUCAUGUCAGGGAUGGCAUUGACUGCCAUGUGUUUCAAUGUGGUUCAUGAUGAAAUCGUGCAUAGGAACAUGACAGAGGAGACCCUCUUGAGCACGGGCGGCACACCCACCUCUACCACCGUCGAUCUUGGUACGAACCACGAAAUCGUCUCCAAAAUGCCAGAGGUACUAGAAGGCCCCGUUAAGACGGGCGUAUACACUCUACCCGAGGAACCGGAACUGGACGAAGACAGCGCCGAAAUAUGA